AUGGGCCAAUUGGUUAACAAAUUCAAGCAAGCUACGUUAGAUCUGAGAGACACCAAUGAGAUAGUCAUUGUUCAACAAGAAGAUAACAACAAAGGGAAAGAAGUCGAAGAAGCUAACUGGGAAGCAAGUGCGAUUGGAAAAGCUAUCAUUGAAGGAAGAAUGAGUCAUGAUAUGGUUCAAAAAUUCAUUCAUUUUACUUGUCCGUUCAUAACAGCUGAAAAUCUCAAGAUUGUGGAAAUCGAUCCCAAUAUUUUCAUCUUCAAGUUCAGCAACUGGGAUCUACUCAACAAGGUCAUAAAUGAACGUCCUUGGAAUAUUAAUAAGAAGUUGCUGGUGAUUCAUGAUUACAUACCAGAGAUGAUAUACACUGAAAAACAAUGGGGCUUUCAAUUAUUUUGGAUUCAGCUAAAAUUCCUCUUACAAGAACACAUGAACGUUUCUGAUGUUACAAAGAUUGGAGAAAUAAUGGGAGAGGUGGUUAAAAUUGAACUGGAAAAUGUUGUUCCAGUGGAUGGAGUUCCGGUAAAGGUCUGUGUUUACGUUGAUAUUUGCAACCCUUUGAGAAGAGGUGUCAAAGUUAUAUCCAGCGCAGGAUUAACUAGAUGGAUUAAGUUUUAUUAUGAACGUCAACCGCCAGGAAUUUGCAAUGAAGGUUACAUAAUAAAAUAUUGCAAUGUAGUAUGCAAGGAUGCCUCUGAAUUCCUAGCUAAGUCUCAUGAGAAGCCACAUUUCUUUGGCAAGGUUUGCAAUUUAAGGAAGUCAAUCUCUUCCUCAAAAUCAGUUGAAGCACCAACCUCUAGGAAAAAUCAGAAGAAUUUCGUUAAGAACACUGUUUCUGUCCCACCUAAAGAUGGUAUUACUGUUAACAUGGAUUUCCUUCUCAAGCAAAGCUCUGAUGAUGGUGAAGAAGAUACAAGACUUGGAAAACGGCAUAGAGCCAGCAGCAGCACGACCCUUUGUAUGACCAAUCAUGAAACUUCCUCUUACAAUGCUGACAAUGAUAAAAACAUGGGUGAACAAGCAGCUCACAUGGGCACAACUAUCAAAGCAAAAACUGUUAAUGCAUCUGAAGAAAGCCAGGGUUUAAAAACCUCUACUACUAGAGACCAUCUUAAUGAUUUAGUUAGGAUGCAUAACCCUGACAUGAUCUUUCUUUGUGAGACAAAAAGUUUUCAAAAUAAGAGCAAGCCACUUUUGAGGAAUCUUCACUACCCAAAUCAAGCUUACAUUGAGCCAGUUGGUUUAUCUUUCCCUUCUUUGGAAAGAUGGCUUCACUUUUGUAUGUACGGCUACCAUGACUAUAAUAGGAAAAAAGAGCAAUGGGAAUAUCUUCUUGAUAUCAGUAAUAGCCAUAGUAGUCCAUGGAUUCUCAUUGGUGAUCUCAACUUUCAUCUCAUCGGAGAUAAUCAAAAUGCCUCCUCUUCUUUAGAUGGUAACAAUAUCAUUAACUCAUGUGGUCUUGAGGAUCUAGGUUAUGUAGGAAAGGACUACACUUGGACUAGGAAUAAUAUAAGUACAAGCUCUAGAAGAUCUAGAAUUGACAUGGCUUUAGAAAAUAAUGACUGUUCUGUUAUUGAAAAUGCUUGGAAGAUUGAGGUAGUAGGUUCUCCUGGUUUCCAACUUAUGAAGAAAUUUCAGUCAACAAGAAAAGAAUUAUCAUUAUGGAAUAGAACUCAUUUUGGAGAUGUCAAUACAAAGGUGGAUAAUCUGCAAAAGGAAUUGGAUUCCCUCCUUCAGAUGAAUCUCACAACAAAAAUCAAUGGGGAUUUAUCUAUGUGGCAUAAGAGGAAAGCUGAACUAUAUCAACAAAAGUCUAGAGAUCAUUUCAUUUCAGAAAUGGAUAACAACAGCAAAGAGGAAAUUUCUCAACAUCUUACUUCUCAUUUCAAAGAUAUAAGCACUUCUGCAGGAGUUCAAUUGGAUGACAAUUCAUUCAUGCUUCUUCCUUCCAUUAUUUCUGAGUCAGACAAUGAGCUUUUAUCUAAAGUACCAUCUCAUCAAGAAAUCUUUGACACACUAAAGAGUAUGGAGAACUGGAGUGCUCCAGGACCUGAAGGCUUUCAAGCUGGUUUCUAUAAAAGUCAUUGGAGUAUCAUUAGUGAAGAUGUAUAUCAGAUGGUCACCAGAUUCUUUGAAACUAAACAUAUACUAAAGCAGAUUAACAAGUCCUACAUUUCUCUCAUUCCCAAGAAAAGGAAAUUUGUUUGUGCAGCUGAUUAUAGUCCAAUUGAUUUAUGCAACACCUACUACAAGAUAAUCUCAAAGAUCAUUGUUAACGGGUUGAAGCCAUUAAUGGAGAAGAUAAUUUUCCCAUAUCAGGCUGCAUAUGUUUCAGAGAGAUUAAUCAGUGACAACACAGUAAUAGCUCAAGAAAUAAUUCAUUCAAUGAAAAGAAAAAGAGGCCAAAUUGGAUGGAUGUCUCUCAAGAUAGACAUGUCAAAAGCCUUUGACAGGCUAGAAUGA